AUGGACGUCAUCGAUCCGUCGCCGAGAGAUUCGAAGAUGAUCAAAACACUGGAUCUGAUUGCAGUGGCAGUCAUUGAAGUCGUCAGUGGACUUUUGGGAAGCUUCUACAACUCUGUCAACAAGAAAAUAGUGACCUUGGAUAUCAAGAUAGGUGGCUACUUGACAUUGGUGAUCAUGCUUGAGAAACAGCUGUCGUGUAGCCUCGAGGAGUUGUACAAUGAGACCACCAAAAAGAUGAAAAUCUCUAGAGAAACUUUGGAUGCCAGUGGUGUUGAGACCAUUACUCUUGGAGAUAAAAGGAAGGAAUUCAGACAAGUGUCUAAAAGAGGGAUUCCACCAACCGACCACCAACAUCUAAUCCGGUUUAUUUACGGUCAAGAAGGAGACAUAGACGGGAAAAUCAGAGGAAGGAAAAGGAGGAGGAAGCAGGCUGAUUGGGUACUCUUCAUAGGUGAUUUUGGUUAUGAGAAUGUUGAACUUGUUAGAAGUAUUUCAAACCUAAAAUUGCCAAAAGCAGUGAUUCUUGGAAACCAUGAUAGUUGGACGACCCAAACAUUUUCAGAGAAAAAGACUAAUCAAGUCUGUCUUCGGUUGGAAUGUUUGGGAGAAGAGCAUGUUGGGUACUCUCGCUUGGACUUUCCUUCUUUAAAGCUGUGUCCUUGAAGAUUCAAAGGAAGAUGAUAAUAUCUAUGAAGAUGAAAUACAAGAAAAUGUCAUUAUGUGUAGGAUACUUUGACAAAAUCAAUUCAUGCCUUAGAAAGGUUACAACCUCCCUAAUCAAUAAAAGUAGAAGCACUCACUAAACAACAAGAAGAUAGUUGUAGAGACAAUAUACACAAGGAGCUAAACUUUGAUAGUCAUAAGAAGAAUUUAAUUAUCACUAUCAUUGCAAUAUGUAUAAUUGAAGAUGUUACAACAAUCUCUACUUCCAUCAUUCAAGAAAACAAAA